AUGGGCAAGAUACACCAAGCCUCGGAACACAAGUUCCUCGACGAGCGCGGCACCUCGUCGGCCACGCUCGCGCCCAACGGCCUCAACCGGGCCCGCAUAAUGGAAAAAGCCGUGGUCGACCGCAUAACCGAGUCCUACUUCUGGAAGGAGCAGUGCUUCGGCGUGAACGAGGCCGACAUCGUGGACCGCGUCGUCGACCACGUCACGUACAUCGGCGGCGUGGUCGGCCAGUCGCAAAAGCCCACCCCGUUCCUCUGCCUGGCCUUCAAGCUGCUGCAGCUCGGGCCCGACGACUCGGUCCUGGCUGAGUACCUGCAAUUUGGCGGCGAAAAGUUCAAGUACCUGAGGGCGCUGGCCAUCUUCUACGUGCGCCUGACCCGGUCCAGCGCCGACGUCUACCGGACCCUGGAGCCGUUCCUCGAGGACAGGAGGAAGCUGCGCAGGAAAGGGAGGGCCGGGACGAGUCUGACCUACAUGGAUGAGUUUGCCGACGACCUGCUCACCAAGGACAGGGUUUGCGCCACGAGCUUGUACAAGCUCACCAGGAGGGACGUGCUGGAGGAUCUGGAUGAGUUGGAGCCUAGGGUUAGCCCGCUGGGCGACUUGGAGGAUCUUUUGGAGGAGGAGGAUGAGGAGGAGGAGGAGCAGCAGCAGCAGCAGCAGGAACGACUGGAGGCAGAGGAGAAUGGAGUGAAGAAUGAGGGGGUGGGAAGUGACGAUCGGAGUAGCGAUGACGAGGGGAGGAUAAGUGAUGAUGACGAAAGGCGAGGUCCAAGGUCCCGUGAUCAAGACGAAGUAAUGGCCGAUCGGGGAGGAAGUCCAGGCCCAAGCACUGGAUGA